UUCAAGGACUUGUAGAGGAAUAAAAGAAAGAAACAAAGAUCCACCAAUGUAUGUGCAACAACUCAUGUACGGAAAAUAUGACAAUUCAAAUCCUACACAUAAAAAUAUAACCCAGGUCUUAAUCUGUUGCACUCAAUCAAAGGUUUCAAUGUACAAAAAGUCAAUAAUGGCACCUUACAUACCUUUGACAAGUAAUGCUUCCAUGAAGACAUUAGCAAAUUCAGAAGUGUCAAUAAUCCUUGUUUAUCUAUAAAAACAUGACGAGCAAAGAUGGCUAGACAUACAACACCUCCUACUUUCUUUUAACUGCUGUUCUUUUUGAGCUCAUCAGCUGUUUUUCUUAUCUAUUCCUUGGCUACCAUGGAUAAAAGAACUGAUCAACUUCACAUAUACUUUCUGCCUAUGAUGGCUCCUGGCCACAUGAUACCACUAGUAGACAUAGCCAGGCAGUUUGCUAGACACGGAGUGAAGGCAACCGUUGUCACGACUCCCCUCAACGCAUCUAAAUUCUCCAAAACAAUCCAAAGAGACAGAGAGCUGGGCAGUGAUAUUAGCAUCCGUACGACUGAGUUCCCUUGCAAAGAAGCUGGAUUGCCAGAGGGCUGUGAAAACAUAGCUUCUACUACUAGCACACUGAUGUAUGUGAAUUUCAUCAAGGGCCUAUCCCUGUUUCAAAAACCAAUUGAACAGUUCUUGGAGGAAGACCAUCCAAAUUGUCUAAUAGCAGCCCCUCAAUUUUCAUGGUCUGUUGAUGUUGCUGCCAAGCUGGGGAUUCCAAGACUAUUUUUCAACGGCACAGGUUUUUUCCCUCUUUGUGCUUUACACAGUUUGAUGGAACACAAACCUCAUUUGAAGGUUGAAUCUGAGACGGAAGAGUUCAUUAUCCCUGGCCUUCCUGACACAAUAAAGAUGUCAAGACAACAAAUCCCAGACCAUUUAAAGGAUGAAACAGAAAGCCAAAUAACUGAAAUUGUUAGGAAUAUUAUGAGAGCAGAAAUGACUUGUUAUGGAGCUAUCGUAAACAGCUUUUAUGAGCUGGAGCCAAAUUAUGUAAAACACUACAGGGAAGCGGAAGGAAGAAAAGCAUGGCACGUUGGUCCAGUUUCACUCUGCAGCAAAAACAAUGAAGAUAAAGCCCAAAGAGGCCAAGACACCUCCUUUUGUGAGCAGCAGUGUUUGGAUUGGCUCAAUACCAAGGAAACAAAAUCAGUCAUUUAUAUAAGUUUUGGCAGUAUGGCAGUCUUUUCAUCGGCUCAGUUGCUUGAGAUAGCAAUGGCUCUUGAGUCUUCUGGCCAACAGUUUAUCUGGGCAGUGACACAAACUACAAUCAAUGAAGAGCAGUAUGAGUGGAUGCCAAAAGGAUUUGAGGAAAAGCUGAAGGGACGAGGUUUGAUAAUAAAAGGAUGGGCACCCCAGGUGCUAAUCCUUGAUCAUGAAGCCAUUGGAGGUUUUGUGACUCACUGCGGAUGGAACUCAUUGCUAGAGGGAGUAACUGCUGGAGUGCCAAUGGUCACAUGGCCACUGUCAGCUGAGCAAUUUUUUAAUGAAAAGCUCCCCACACAGAUUUUGAAGAUAGGAAUCCCCGUAGGUGCUCGGGCCUGGUCCUACAGACCAGAUAGCACAGUCUCAAUAAGCAGGGAAAACAUUCAGACAGCAGUGACCAAACUGAUGGUUGGUCAGGAAGCUGAGGAGAUGAGAACCCGUGCAGCUGCCUUAGGAAAACUGGCUAAAGAAGCUGUGGAGAAAGGCGGAUCGUCCAACAACAGUUUGAUUUCCUUAAUAGAAGAAUUGAGGAAGAGGAAAAGCAGCUCCAACUGAUGGGAAUUUGUUUAUUUGCUGCUGAAACUACACCCAUCAUAUUUACAUAAAUUCCAAUAGUAAUAAGUAGUGUGUAUUGUUAUUCAACUAUGUGUACCACAUUAUCAUUUUUAAGCAUACAAAAUUCUUAUGCAUAGAUCAACACUAUGGUCGUUGCAAAAUGUCAUAGCAAGUGCUAAUUGGUGGCAUCAGAAUAUAGAAAGUUUUCUUUCCCUGGCAUGAGAGGAGUUGUUUUGUCUAAAAUUUAAUGAAGUUAUUAUUAUGUUAA